UACAGUAUGAAAUGAUACAGUAGACACAUACAGUCUAGAUAAUUAAUGAAUCUCAUGUACACUGAGUGGUGGGGGUCAGGCUGCAACACACCAAAAAAGUGCUGAAUAUAUUCCUGUACCACGUUGUUUGUAUGUGGCUAUGUUCAUGUUCUUUAAAUCAGUAUUUCUAUUCUCUUAUAUCUUAUCAUCUUUGUUAUUUUAGAGACCCUCCAUGUUGGAUGUUCCAGCUCUGCUGCUGACCACUCUGAAGGAGCUCACUGAAGAACAGCUGAAGACAUUUCAGUCUCACCUGACUAGGGGCCAGCUGCCUGACUGUCCUCCCAUCCCAGAGAGUCAGCUGGAGAACACUAACAGACAGGAGACAGUGGAUCAGAUGGUGGAGAGAUAUGACCAUGAGAGAGCUGUGAAGAUCACACUGAGGAUCCUGAGGUGGAUGAAUGAGCAUGAUCUCACUGAGAAGUUACAGAGUGAUCACACAGAAACCGCCGGCCCUGAGGAAGCUGUGYAGAUCACACCGGAGAUCCUGAAGAAGAUGAACUGGGAUGAUCUGUCAGAGAAGAAAAAGAGAGAGGUGAGGAGAAGAGUGGAUGUUUGGGUUCACAACAACAAUACCUGCUAAAAGACAUGGAGACAGGCUGACGAACAUUGACCAACAGAAAGAGAGUCACCAAAUGAAAUCCUCUUCUAGUUGGCUUUCAUCUAGCAAGGGUUCAAUUGGAGUGAGGAACAACAAGAGUACUGACAGCUUGCUUAAUGUCAUGGAGAAGUUAAACAUCAGAGUUUAUAAGGCUGACCUAAUGCCAUGCAGAAGUUAAACCACAGAGUUUAUAAGGCUGACCUAAUGCCAUGUAGAAGUUAAACAUCACAGAGUUUAUAAGGUUUACCUAAUGCCAUGUAGAAGUUAAACAU